AUGGUGACCUUGAGAAGCCAAACAAAAAGAACAAGGCAAAUAGAAUGGGAAAAUGAUAAUCCGGAUAGGAUCAGUGAGUUACCUGAAGAAAUUAUUACUCACAUUUUAUCAUCUCUUCCGAUCAAACGUAUGGUUUCUACAAGUGUUCUGGCUAAACAGUGGAGGUACCGAUGGACAUCUGUUCCCGUCAUCGACUUUCACAGUUUGGGGUCUCGUUAUGUUUCUGAAGCUCGUCGUCCCAAAAGGAUCAACGCAUACAUGGAUUUUGUGGAUCGAGUGCUUUCUUUUCAUCAAGACAACAACAGUAUAAAGAAAUUCUCCCUCAAUUUUGAUGGUCUCUUUGAUGCAUCUCGGGUUCAAGGAUGGAUAUCUAAUGUGUUAAUUAGACAUAAAGUCGAAGAGCUUGUUCUUAUUGCUCCGAUUCCCAUCACGUUUCACCCAUUCAUAUUUACUUGUGAGUCGCUCACAUUGCUGCAGCUACAUAUGGACUGCAAUCUCCACCUUCCAGAAUCAGUAAGUUUUCCAAAACUUAAGAUCCUUCGACUCGGCGUCUUGUUGGAGAAUGAGCAAUUCAUUCAUAUGUUGCUUUCUAGCUCCCCCAUUCUUGAAGAGUUGAGUUUGAGAGUGUCUUUUUGGAAGAUACAGCAACUAAGUAUUUUUGGUUCUAAUAUGAAGCGGUUGUUCAUUCAAAAUGCAAUGCAUAAGUAUUUCGAUAUCCAGAUCAAUGCACCAAAUUUACAGUCAUUCAAAUACUCUUCAAUGCUUGCAAGGGAUUUUGUUUCGCAAAGAUUCUCAACAUUGCUUGAUGCAGAAAUUAUCAUUCAACGCUCAGCAGGUAAUGGGGAAACAGGUGAUCAACUUCGUUGUUCUGUAACCAAGCUGUUCCAUAGUGUUUCUCAUGUGAAAUAUAUAAAAAUAUCCGAGUAUGGUCUAAAGUUUCUUACAUAUCAAGAUCACUUCCUAAAGAGUUUGUCUCCGUUUUAUAACUUGAUUCAUUUGGAAGUAACGACUGCAGCUUCACAUUUUGGAGGUGGAUUUCAUGAUGAGGUUAUUCUACCGUGUUGGACUGUUGAAACACUAUACAAGUUUCUCCAUGUCUCACCAAAUCUGGAGUCACUCAUCUUUGUUGAUGGAUUUUGUGACUAUGAAGCUUACCCAUCUGACGAGUGGUCGCUAGAUUUGGUUCCUCACUGUUUGCUGCGGCAUCUCAAGUCCAUUGAGUUUCGCGGGUGUUUCUGGAACCAAGCCGAGAAGGAU